UUAACAUUUAUAAAAAUGUAUGUCAUUAUUCUGUUCUGUUUUGUUCUUGGAUUAUCCAGAUCAAAUACAUGCAAGAGUGGAUCUCAAAGUAUGGAAUCAACUAUUAAAGGCCAUUUCGAGUUAAAUUCCUAUACUUCUUCUUACUUUUCUCAUGUUUUCUACAAUUCUAAUCGCAAUGAAAUGUAUUUUGCUGGAGAAAUGGAAGCAAGCUCUGCAGAUCUUAAGGGAAUAUUAUGAAAGACUUCUGUUCAUUUGGAUAUUCAAGAGGUGCAAAUGAUUGAUGCUGAGAUUAACCCUCUGUCUUAUGCUACAGAUCCUGAUGUAGAAGAACUUUACUUUCAGAGGUAUAAUCAAGUAUAUUUCACAAUCAUGAACUUGACGAACAACGUGGUUACCUAUAACAUCCAAAUCAGUGACUCUAGAAUGGUUAAGGAAACACGCAUUGUGGUAGAGAGUAACCAGAUUUAUAUUUCUUUCCUUGAUAUUCAAGAUUCGACCCAAGCUCGGUCAGCCAUCUGAAAAAUUACGAAGUAUCCUGGAACUCUUACCCAAUUGUGCGUUCACUCCACAUCAUUUUUAAAGUCAAUCGUAAAUUUUACCCCAACCAUUGCAGGGGUCUUUAUUGGUGGUUUGAGUGAAAAUGGACUUAGGUAUUUCUUUUGUUUUUAUUUAUUUUCUGGUACAGCUAGUCGUACUUGGAGUAAGGAGUUAGGGCAAAUGGGAAGCUCUAAUUCUUUUCAAGAAGGAGGUUCUUUGUGAUUGGAGGACUACAGUAUUUUGACUAUUAUUUUCUUUAAUCAGAGGAUGAUUUUAUACAAUUUAAAACUAUUAAAUGGAGAUAUUAAAUUCUCAUCUUAUCUUGACGAAACUACAAACCAAAGAGUUAGAGGAAUUUCAAAAUCUUCUAACUACAUAUUCAUAACAUACGAAAAACAAAAUGGUGAAAGAAGGAUCCUCCAAAUGUCUGAGAGUCCUCUAAGCUUCCAAACAGUAUUUUCCCCAUCUAUCAAAUCCAACACUCCUGUUUUCAUCCCAUAUCUGACUUCAAGUUUUACUUUUAUGGAUGGUGCAUCAGGUAGUUCAGAAUAUCUCUAUAUUCCAGGCUCAAAAACUCUCUCAUCUACCUCUACUGAUAUGUUCUUCUUCUCACGUACUCCUAUCAACAAGCUCGAUAACCUUCCUCUCACCUCUGCUACUCCCACUUGGAUACCUACACCUACAAGUUCCCCUUAUGGACUAUCUUCCUCCACAGAUGAUGAUCGUUUCGAGUCAUACAGCCCGACCGUUGUGAACAUUUCAGUAACUUCUCCAAUAGUCACUCUCUCGACUAAUACCAUAGUUAGCCAGACUUAUGCCCUCUCUGUUGAAGAACCAGACUUUGCUUUCCAGGCAAGAGCUGGCUCUGUUCAUGAAGAAAGUUUUGACUGGACCUGUACACUUUCAAACCAGCAAGGAAAUGUGCCAACCUGGGUUUCCGUUGAUACUACCAGACAAGUCAUGAUUUUAAAUCCAACCCCAAAUGUGACUGAAGAAACUGAGUACACUUUUAAUUUAGAAGGUCAACCAGGUAGUGGUCUUUUGAGCUCCCAAAUAAUUAAAAUCACAGUAUUACCUUGCUUGGUAGUAAAUUGAGAGCUUUGCAUAUGGAAUGAGCCUCAAAAAUGAGAAAGCUGAUCUUCUGAAUAUAAAUUAAAUAACGAGAAAUGUAAUCUGACAGAAAAUGCAACCUCACAAACUACCACAUCAAACAGAGCAAAAGAAAAAGUUGAUGCUCCUCAAGGAACAAAGGCCUUAGCAAGUGCUGUUAUUGGAGCUGCAGCCUCAACUGCUGUAGUUGCAUCUCUGGCAUCAGCAUCUUCAAUGAACGGAUGCUUCAGUGUUGUUAACCUUUUGCAGUUAUAUAUCUUGCUUCCAAUGCUUCCGCCAUACUUCCCUGAAGAGCUAGUACAACUAAUAAUAGGACUUGACUUCUCCUUAAUAUCACUAAACUUUAUCCCGAUCAAAGAUCUCUUCACAGAAGAGAAUGUAGGAAAUUGGGUAGAUUUUCCUCAGACCAAUGAAUACCUUGGAGAAAUUGGCAUCGGGUCAGAAAGUGCAUUUAUUCAACAUCUCUCUUUCUUCACUAACAUCAUUAUUCUGGCUCUGUUACAUUUGCCUAUACUUCUUGUAUAUCUACAUUUUAGCAAGAAGCAGGACUCAAGAUGAAUGAAGCCUUUGUUUACAGGCUUGCACACAAUUUUCACCUUCAAUAUUUACAUCAGACUGAUGAUUGAAGGCUUGCUCUUGAACAGUGUCAGCAUAUUUCAGGAAUUGAGGAUAUUUAACACUAAUGCAGCCAAAAAUAUGGUCAGUCUUGCUCUUUGCUUCGGCUUGAUGAUGUCAGUUAUUAUACUCAUGGCUCUCUCAGUUGCAGUAUUCAUUAAAUCUCGCUCAGUUCUUAACUUGGAUGAAAUAGAGACUGCAAAAGAAUUCUUCUCGGGAAUCAAAGAUGAGCAUUAUGCUAAGAUGAAUACAAGUAUCUUUAUGUGCGUUCGUGUGCUUUCGGUGAUAAUCCUUAUAAUUCUUAAGGAUAUCCCUUAUGAGGUGAAAUCUGGUUUGUUUUGUAUAAUCCACUGCGGAUACUUCUUCUAUCUUCUCAUAGUUCGACCUUAUCAAAGCACUAAGGAUAACUUGAUAGAAACUAUUCUCCAGUUAAACAUAUCUAUGCUUGCUCUUCCAUUGACUGUGCUUAAUUCUUCGGACAGGUGGUCAGAUAAUUUGAUAACAGCAUACACGUUUCUGCUUUUUGCUGGACCAGCAAUAGCUUGCUUAAUCUCAUUUGGAGACAUGAUUAAGAGUGUAUAUCAAAAACUAAGAUCUUCCAAAAGGCUUAAGAAAAAGAUGGUAAUUCCAGUGAAUCCUCUCCAUUUUGAAGAGAACAAGACUGGAGUGUCAAGCAAUGUCAGAGUUUACAAGUACAAUGCUCAAACCGCUUCUACACAAGAAAUAGCAUUCACUAAGAAAUAACCCUUUGCAUCCCUAAUAUCCAAAUC